ACAUCCGUGCUCGUUUCGCGUUCCAUUCGUUAGCCGUGUUUUUUUCUUCUCCCCCUCCCCGUUGGAAGUUGCAGCAGCACGUAUUCGCGACAUUCGCGUGUGUGUACAUCGUCGAUCGGAGUGUGUGCGUUGUAUACAACGCGUUUUCUGCUUUUCUCUCUCUCUCUCUCUCUCUUUCUCUCUCUCGGUGAAAAGGGUCAACAGCAAGGGCACGAUUGAUUGUUUCGACGAUCGUGUCGCGCGGCUCCCGGCGACGUGAAAAGGCGGGUGGGAGAGGGAGAGGAAAAAAAAAAGAGGCUUGAUGAAGUGGAACGGACGGCGCUCGCGAAUUAUUUGGCAGAUGUGAAACACGACGUCGAUUCAAGGGCAUCCGAACGACGGAAGCGAGAGAGGUAACGAGGCACGAGGGCGGUGUGUGAGCACACGUAUAGGCGUUCGGUCUGAGAAAAUGUUGCCAGAACGAGCCAACAUGACCCAGCAACCGUCGUCCUCCGAGUGCUUCAUUUUCGUCACGCACGUGGAACCGGACGACAUUUACCUGAAGAUAUGGGGCCAGGUGGACAAGCAGGCCGCCACCGCCAUAGAGCACUACAUAUAUCCCCUGAUAGAUCAGUUCAAUCAGGGAUACGGCUGCCCCACCAAGGCCAGCAGACUGAUCCCCGGCACCUUGUGCUGCGCUAGAUUUCAGACCGAGGGCUAUUACCGGGCGAAGAUACUCAAUGUGCGUCCCGACGGCAUGAUUGUCGUGCACUUCAUCGACUACGGCAACGUGGAGGUACUGUUGCCGAAUGACAUCCAUCUCUUGGACAACAUACGCGGAGCCGAGCCUCUGCAGGCUUACGGACCAAUGGCAGGCGAAUUUACGUUGCUCAACGUAUUGCCUGUGAACGGCGUUUGGGAAAAUAGAACGAUCGAGACUAUCAAAAAGACUAUUUGUUACAACGAAUACAGAGCGUUGAUUCAGACGCUGAACAAUCAUCGCCUGAUUAAAUUGUGGUGCAACAAUGAGGACUUGAGCGAGUUGUUGGUGAAGGAACGUAUAGCUUUACCAGCCACUUUACAAGACAUGUUUAGACCACCAAAGCAGAUGCUGCAAUCUCGAAUGCUUCAACAAAUGCCAUAUCAGCAACAAAACAAGGGCAAUAUAAAUAACUUUGCAGCAAUGCCAAUGGUGCAAAAUCCAAAUAUGAAUCAUAAUGCCAAUGUUCAGGGGUUGUACCACAAGACUUAUUCUCCCGAUGUGAAUCAACCCAAACAUGUCGCUCCUGCGCCGAUAAUGCAGCAUCCGCCACCGCCUGUCCAUCAAGAAGCACUCGUGUUUAAGUCGCGGGUAUUAGACGUGGGCUCACAUCACGAAGUGCUGAUAUCGCACGUCGAAGACGGCCCGCACAAAUUUUCCGUACAAGUUGAAACUGCGAGAGAUAUACUGACGCAGCUUAUGACCGAGAUAAACAACCAUCCGAAGCAACCGUUGCAGGAGCCACCGUUGCCGGGAUCGGUUUGCCUGGGACGCUACAACGACACCGGUGGCGAGAGGGUGCUGUGUCGUGCGGUUGUGAUGUCCGUGAUGGAGCACAAGUGCAAGCUGUAUUACGUCGAUUUCGGUCACACGGAAAUUUUGCCGUAUACAGACAUUUUCCAACUGCCGCCCAAGUAUAUCAAUCCCAAGGUGUUGUCGAUUCGAUUCACUUUGAGCGGCUUGAAAGAACUGAUUAUCUCGCAAGAGAUGAAGGAGUACUUUAAGCAACUGGUGUACCGAAGAUUACUUGUUCUACACGUCCGUCCACCGGAGGGGCCGCCGUUGAUUCAAUACGGUGACUUGUACGAAAAUGGUGUCAAUGUAAAGGACAUGCUGAAGAAAGCAUUCCCGGCGCCAGUUGCGGCGGUGCCGAUAACAUAUUCCUAUCCGCAAUUACGACGACUGGCAAAAGAUUUCCAGGAAGUUGUGCAUGUCUCCUAUGUGGAGUCGUGUAAAAAAUUCUUUGUGCAACUUGAUAGCGGGAUUAAGUCCCUCGAGUCGAUAAUGGCCGGCCUGACGCAGUAUGCGAAAACUGCGUCUACCUUAAAUAUAGCACAAUUGAAAGCAGGACUACCCUGUGCCGCUCUAUACGAGUCACAAUGGUACCGUGCACAAAUCCUUGGCAUUGUUGGAGAUAAAGUCAAAGUAGUAUAUGUUGACUACGGAAACGAAGAGGUACUACCUGUAAUAUCCAUUCGUGCAAUUCAUGACGAUUUAGUAACGAAAUUGCCUGCGCAAGCUGUAAAGUGUGCAUUGAAUGGCUACGAGGUGCUUUCAUUAGAUCAAGAAGAUUCUAAUCGUUUCGAAAGAUUGACACUUGAGAAACGUUUUUACAUGAAAGUAGUUGCUGCACAACCCAAUGGCCUAUUAGUCGAUUUAUACGAAUUUGACACGAUGAGGAGCGUUCACCCUCAGUUACUGAAUAAUUUGUUCUGCGAUAAAGAAAAUGCUACAACAUGCUCACGAAAUGAAGAAGUUCAGCAUCCUGUAAAGACAAUGAAUGAAUUCCAGAGUGAAGAUAAAGAUAGAUAUAGUAAAAAAAGUAACAUGGAGUCAUGGCGUAACCAAAACGCUAAGCCCUUCCAAGAAAAUAAAUCGAAUUGGAAAAGCGAAUGGUCUCAAGAGAAACAAUACGAUAAUAAACGUGAGAGAACCAGUUUUCAUCGUGACGGUUCACAGAACGAUCGGUUUAGAGAUAGACCAACAAACAAUAGAUUUGAUAGAGAUAAAUCGUUCAACAAAUACGAUGAGGGUGAUGUAAAUACAUCAUUUAAUAGAGGUAAUAGAGGACCUCCUCGCGACAGUGGAAAUAGAUUCGCUGGCAAUGAAAGGAGACACAACCGUAACAAUUCGUUUGAUAAAGCAAAUAGUGAUAAAGAUUCGGAUACUUCGUCUAAAAGUAAUGAUAGGCGAGGGAAAGGUGGCUUCAAACGUAAUGGUUUUAACGAUAACCGAGGAGGAAGCCGCGACGGUGGAACGCCGGGCAGAUGGCAGACUACGAAUUGGGAUGACAAGAAACCAGCUUAUAAAGCUAAUUAUAGGAACGAUAAAUUUAAUGGUGACAAUGACAACAGCAGUAAUAAUUUCAGAAAAGAGGAUAAUACAAAUGAAGUUUUGUUCAAUCAGACAACUGAUAGUGAACCUUGGGAUACAAAUGGCGCUAACAAAAGGCUACAGGACAAUAUUACCGCUGUUGGCGGAAAAUCCCAACUUUCAUUAAAGAAGAUUGAUAUUACUCUUGGUUCCGUGAAGAAUUGCGAAGUUGUAUUCAUUAACAGCCCAUCGGACUUUUUCGUUCAGUUAAGUCCCGACUGCUUGGAGUUGGAUUCUAUUAUGGAAAAUAUUGCUGCGACUUACGAGAAUGGUGGCGAAACGAUGCAAGCCUCCGAGAUACAAAUUGGUACAUAUUGUGUCGCUCAAUACUCAGAGGAUCUCAAAUGGUAUCGAGCGGUAAUCAAAUCUGUAGAAGAGAAUAGCGCAACCGUGGAAUUCGUCGAUUAUGGAAAUACAGAGUUAGUCGACUUAACGAACAUCAAGGUCAUUUUGGAAGAUUUUCUAAAGCUGCCGAUGCAAGCGGUACGUUGUAAAUUGCUCGGAUUGACAAAUACGGGCAAUGAGGAAGAGCAACAUGCGAUUUUCGUGGAGAAGGCCGACGGGAAGCCUUUACAGGUGGAGUUUGUCUCUGAAAAAGACGAGAUGUAUGAAGUACAAUUGUGUGAAGUUGUUGACGGUGUACCGAACACUAAUUAUAUAAACGAGGAGUUUUGCACAAUCGCAGAUUUAACGAAAGCGAAACAAGUUGCGACAAGUAAAGACACAUUUGAAACUACGACUGUGGAAAUCAAAACAGCUACAGAUUAUGCUUCGCCUGAUUUCAAGUGGCAAACAAUUUUAUUCGAGUCUGAAUCUAAACAUAAUAUAGUCGUGACAUGGUUUAUCAAUCCUAAUAAGUUAUAUUGCCAACUGUUAUCUAAAGAAGCCGAAUUUAAGGCAAUGAUGAGCGAGAUUCAAAAAACGUAUGCUGGUAGGAAACCUGUGACAUAUAAAUUGGAGAUUGGUUCAGCAGUUAUAGCUAUAUUUUCCGAAGAUAAAGCUCUGUAUAGAGCGGAAGUUAUAAGUAUUGAUACGCGGAAGGAUGCAUACAGAAUUCAGUAUAUAGAUUUUGGAAAUUGCGCAACUGUACAUCGACAUAAUAUCUAUCCCGUCGAGAAGAAAUUCAUGCAGCUACCCAAAUUAGCAGUGCAGUGUUCCUUAAAAGAUAUAUCUAAUUCGAAUUGGCUUAAAGUGGAUAAUAACGCGCUCGACAGUUACUUUAACGCCGACAAAUACGAAUGCAUAUUCCACAGUUUUAAAGACGAUCAAUAUAUAAUUUCAUUAAAUAAUAAUGGACAAGAUGUGGGUGAUAUGUUAGUACAACAAAAUCUUGCUAUAACAACUGCAGUUGAAACAACCGGUGCUACAGAAACAUCUAAUGUAGAAGAAAAAAAGGUCGGUGAAGUAGAGAGAGUAGAUAUAAGUCUAUUGAGUGGCCAAACUCUCAAAAUGAGAAUUUCUAGUGUAGAAAGCACAGUUAAGUUUUAUAUCCAGCUUCCAUCUGCUACAAAAUGUGAAAACAUUGUUAACCAAUACAUGACUGAUAAAGAUACAGAGGUGAUGCCGCGAUUAUCGACCCGCGAGUUGUGUCUCGGCGCGGGUUGUUUAGUCCAUUCAAAUGGAACGUGGAGGCGAGCUGUAGUGAUUAACUGCACACGGUCCGCCGAGUUUGACGUAAAGCUCAUUGAUACCGGGACGUACGAUGAAAUCCUGGAUAAUGCUUUGGCUCUACCUGGAGAGCUCGCGGUAAUGCAGAACCAGGCGUUAGAAUGCUCUUUGCGAGACGCGCCGCCCGACACGUAUAAACGAUUGAAGGAACUUGAAGGCAAAGAAGUAUUAAUCCAUGUGGAAGAAGUCUACAGUAGCAGACUUAUCGUAAAGUUGUAUGAUCUACUCGGCAACGGGAUAAUGAAUACUGAAGAGACGACAUCACCCGUAUGUGCCAUGCCUAUUCUAAGUUCAACUCACAGCGUCUCUGUGUCGUACGCGGAUCAUCCUACCAACAUCUGGUUGCAACGGUACGCGGAUGUGGAGAUUGAGACUAAACUGUCGGAAGAUCUUCAACAAUAUUACGCCAGCUCUGGACAAAAACUCGAGCCGGCGAUGCAUCUGUUAUGCGCGACGAAGUAUUCGGACGACGGCCAGUGGUACAGAGGGAAAAUUAUUAGCCUCACCGAAACGACGGCCUACGUAAGUUACAUUGACUACGGCAAUACCGAGGAAGUUGCCCUUGAUUCGAUCAUGAUUUUGGAACCGCAAUUUUACGAACCCCAUCAAUUGGCGAUAAAAGUAUCGUUAUCCGUGUCUCUCACUGGCACCGAGGACGAACAGAAAGAGAUACUGCAGACUCAUUUGAUGAAUAAAGAACUCGUGGCUGUAUUUUACAACGUGCAUGAAAAAUGGAUCGUCGAUCUAGCUGAAAACGGAGAAAAGCUCAGCGAUAAAUUCCGCUCGUUGAAUCUAGUGAGAGAAGAACAAACGGUAUCUGAACCGGCUUCUCAACCAGCAUCUGAUAAACACGAAACAGCAACACCUGAGACAGCAACACCUGACAGGUUCGACGUAUGCAUAUCUCACGUGGAUUCUCCAAGUCAGUUCUGGCUGCAUCGUAUGGACAAGAUUACACAUCUUAAUGAAAAACAGGAGCAACUUCAGCUAGAGGUUUCCGAAUUUUCAGCGAUAGAUGGUAUACCGGAAGAAGGAGCUUUGUGCGUGGCCGUUUACUCGAUUGACGAUCUCUGGUAUCGCGCGGAGGUAUUGGACGCGGACGAAGAUAUUACGACUGUCCGAUUCGUAGACUACGGCAAUACCGAUGUCAUUGACAACAAGACGAGCAACAUUCGACAGAUACCAGACGCCUGGAAGAGCCUAGAGACAUUCGCGUUGAAAUGCAGACUCGACGUUAUUCCUGUCGACACGGAGGAUUGGAGCGAGUUGACUUGCGAGAGGUUCAAGAAUUUGGUGACGUCAGUGGAGAGUCUUCAGGCUCUGGUAGUAGCAGAUACCACGCCUAAACGCGUAGAGCUGUUUAUAAACAACAAGAGCGUCAGCGAGACGUUGGUCGAGGAAAAGCACGCAAUCAUAAUUAACAUCGAGCAGGAGCCCGUAGAUGAGAUAGUCGACCUUGAACUGGAUCCGCAUUCGGCCUUCGUGUGUCAUAUCAAUUCGCCGAGCGAGUUUUGGGUUCAGGAAGAGAAGUCUGUUGCUGAUUUGGAAGUGAUGGCGGACAGAUUCAUGGUCGCCGACAUGUUCCCGAAGAUCGACGACAUAAACGAAGGUUUGCUGUGCGUCGCCAAGUAUCCCGAGGAUGAACAAUGGUACAGAGCGCGCGUCGUCUCUCACGACGAGAACGGCACGCAAGUCAUAUAUAUCGAUUACGGAAAUUCGGCGAUAUCCACCGAGAUACGUGCCAUUCCAGAAGACCUAGCGAGUAUAUCGCCCUUGUCGCGAAAGUGCUGCUUGGAGCUGCCGUCGCAAGUCGAGGAAUGGUCCGAGCAGGCGCGCGAAGAAUUCGUUAAAUUGGCCGCGGACGGCGCGACGAUUUUCAUUCUGGACGUACUGAAGGAGCAAGAGACGUCGUUGGUGAAACUGACGUUGGAUGGUCAAAAUGUCGCGGACAUGCUUGGCAAUUUGUGCGAGCGAAGUUCCUCGCCGGUGAUCGAGGAGAGGCUGCCGCCGCUCGGCGAGGAGAACUCGCCGAAUGUCGUGGUCAGUCACAUCAACAGCCCGAACGAGUUCUGGAUUCAAGCCGAGAGCAGUAUAAGCGAGCUGGAGGUGAUGUCGGAUCGCCUGCGAGACGCGGAGAGUUUCCUCGUGUUGAAUAGCUUCGACGUCGGCACGGUUUGCGCGGCGCGAUACCCCGAGGACGGCUAUUGGUACAGAGCGAAGAUAAUCGCGCGUUGUAAAGAGAGCAUGGAGGUCCUGUACAUGGAUUACGGCAAUUCCGCGGUUACGGAAGAGUUGAGAGUGCUGCCGGAGGACAUCGUGAAUAUCCCCAUCUUGUCGAAACGAUGCGCGUUGGAGAAGCCGAGCAGCGUUGUCGCGUGGAGCGAGAAGGCUUGCGACAAGUUCAAGGAACUCGCCGCCGAAGGCGCCACCAUGUUCCAGUUCGAGAUCCUCGACGAGAACGACCCAAUGCACGUUCGAUUAAGCCUAAACGGGACAAAUGUUAUUGAUCUUUUAUCCGAGUGCGAAGACAUUCCAAAAGUGACCGAAACGAAAGAUACUGCUCCCGAUGUGGAGAAACAAGAAACGGUAUUACAUGAGCCUGAACAGCCUGAGCUAAUAAAUGAUAAGAAAGCUACAGAAGAACCUAUACUCAGUCAAACAGAUAAUCUGGAAUGUAUCGAUCAAAUGGAGAAGCCCCUUCAAAUUAAUGGGGCAGUGUUUAACGGAUCGAUUAAAAACUCUGAUAUAAAUGGCGAGGAUCAACAAAUCGCGAGCGAAAUCGAAGAGAACGUCGACAACGGUUCUGAAGUUGCAGUUGAUGAAUGUACUUUAACAUUGAAAAAGAACGUGAGCACAGAAAUGGACAAGAAUACCGAUGUCGUUGCGAACGAAACGAUUUCUAGUGCAAGUGCAGCUAUUGUAUCAUGUCAUCAAAUGACCUCGUCCGGUGUAAUGGAACUUAGCGUCGACGAAAUUAUUGAGCAUAUGAUAAAAGACGCCACCGACGAGCUAGAGACGCAAAAAAUCGAUAAUGCAGAUUCAUUGAAUGCAAACGAAACGCAACAGAGCGUCGCAACCAACGCGAAUGAGCCGGAGCAGCAGGAGCUACAUUCUCAAGUACAUAGAUAUCAAACAGAAAUAGAUAAUGAAGUUUUAGACGCACAGAUUUUAGAGACUGUAGAUACAAAAAGAGACAUCGAGGAUUUAGAAUCGAACAAAAUUUUAUCUGUAACGACUGAAGCACAGCCUCAGGGCAUUGUGCAACUUGAUGCUAGUCAAGGCAUGCAGGAAGAACAAGGAGUAACUAAGAUGGAAAAUGGUGCAAUCGCGUCUUCGAAGUCCAUUUUAGAGAUGGAAUCGUGUUUGCUGUCAAGAGAACAAGUGAAUCUCGAGCAGAUUCAAGGGCAAGGUUUAACGGAGAGCGAAAUCAUUCCUGAAAGUACAAACAAUAAUGGUUUGGAGACCCAAUCUGAGAACGCAGAUUCUUCCUCGGCGAAAUUGUUGCCCGCCGUUAAGACUGACCCAAUUGAGCAACGUAGUCCUUCAGAAGUACAAUCGAAGGACAAGGAUGAACUUAUUUCCGAAGGCGAGCCGUCUAAGCGAAGCGAAACGGAAACGAAACGUUGUUUGACACCAAAGACAUCGCACUCGGAGAAAAUCGUGGCUGCAGUCGUGAAUCCCUAUGUGCAGCCAGUCCUCGACAGUGCAAACGAAACUGACGAGGUACUUAGCGUUUCUGUAGAGGACAACAUUCCUAAAUAUAUGGUAUAAUUUUAUAACGUAGCGGUUACGUAUUGCGAAUUUAUAUGCACACACCCAUUAUAUACGUACAUGUAAAUUUACGGUAUAAAAAUUCGAACUUGUAUAACGCAGUUUUUUCAAAAGAUCAUUUUUAUUUACCGUUUUCUUAUGUUAUACAAUACAUAAUGUAUAUUUGAAAGAGUAUAGCCAUACGUUAACGUGUAAAACGAAUCGUUAAUUUAAAUUUAAUUUUUGUUUUCUCCUUUUUACAAACGACACAAAUAUGCCGCGUUUCUCAUAAAUUUACUACAUGUUGCUGCUACAGUACGCGUCACGCCAAAUAUGCAACCAAAGAUUAAUUUACUUAAUCGAUAACCGAAUUAUUUAUGUUAAAUGAUGAUUACUUUGUAUUAUGAUUCAAAUUAUAUUGCCUGAUUAAGUCAAUAACUUUCCAAUUUUUUGCUUUCAGUUUGGGAUAACUCUUUUUCAAAAAGCAGUGUGAAUAAUGUAUAAUUUUUAGACAGCUUUAUUGCAAUUAUACAUUAUUCACACAAACUGCUUUUUUUUACACAAGUAUAAUAAGCAAUUUACAGUUUUUACUUGUUUGACAUAUUUGAUAAUCAUAACAAAUGUUUGGAACAAUUUUUAAUGCUACUCCUUCAGAAGUGAAGUAUAGUGAUUAUUUUUUGUUCUCAACAAAUGCACAAUUCUGUAGAAGCAAGUAACAUGUCUACAAAUUAUUUUCAUAUUUAGCAGCAUUAUAAUUACGCAGCAUAUAAAAUGGUAGUGUCCAAACGUGUAUGCAACGUAUGUUUUUGAAGCUUUAAGCAUUAUAUGGUAAUAAUAAAAUUAUCCUAAACGAUUAUCGUAAGAGAGAGAAAAGCUGCUUCUUGUGUCGUUACUAUGUUAUGUACAUUUUUCAUAUAUAUUAAAACUAUACAUACAUAUAUAUAUAUAUAUAUUAUAUAUAUUAAAAUCAAACGUGAAUUGUGAAUUCAUUUCGAAUCCUAUGCCAUGUAUUAUGUAGUUCUUCCCGUUUCUUCCUAUAGUUCUUUAUUAAUAUGUAUAACAUUACGAUUAUAGUAGUUGACAGGCAAAGCUGUAAAAAUUUGUAUUUGUAUUCUGCUAAAAUAUAUUUUUCUAAUAAAUAUUUCAAGGUA